UCCCCCCAGCCCCUCAGGGCCGUUCCCGCCUCUCCCCAGCCCCUCAGGGCUGUUCCCGCCAUCGUUUCCCCUCAGGGCUGUUCCCGCCGCGAUGUUCCGUGGCCACCGUGCUUGGUUCUCGCAGAGCGUCAGCCCGGGCCCGCGGGGGCUGUGGGCAGACGGUGGCGGGACGAUCGCCCACUGGCUGGAUGCCGACUACCUCUUCAGCAGCGAUGCGGCCCACCCCGACACCCGCAGCAUACACGAGAGCCUCAAUUACUUGGAGGGCAGAGCCACAGUCUUUCACUCCUGUUACCUCUCAGCGUGUGCAGGCAUUGGCGCUGGAGAGAAGCCCUCGGUGGUUCUGGGCCACUUUGUCUUGCCCCCUGCCUGCCUGCAAGAGGUUUUGUUGUUCUUGGCAGAAAUCAGAAGGAAAAUUGGCCGGUUUAUUUGGGAGAAGGCAGAUGACCUUGAAGAACAGCCCAAAGAAAAUCCGGCAGAGGAACCAGGAGCAGCAAGAAGUAGCUCUGAGGAAGAACCAGAGGAGGAGGAGCUAGACCUGGCUGACAGCAGUGAAGAAACAGACUCUGAAGCACCUGCCCAGGGAGAAUUUCCGUACCGCGCCCUCCAGGAAUACCCGAUCAAUAACAUGGUGACAGGCUAUCCCUCUGCACGGGACAUGAAGAAAUAUGAGGGGGAACUCCACGACUUCAUCCCUGGCACCUCGGGCUAUGCAGCGUACUGGGUUCAAAGCAAAUUUAGCAUUCACUGCGAGAAGACCAAAAUGAAAAGGAAAUUGUAAGGAACAGGUGGCUGGAGCAGCAAAAACUUCAGUGUAAGAACUGCCAGAUGAUGUAUAAAUUAUCUGACUGCAGCUCAGAGUGUUCAAUGUGUUAAGUACUGGCUACAGUUAUUGCAGUAUUGCUUCUUUAGGUAACUACUUAAAAUAAAUUUCACAACAAACAAAUACAGGCACUUCUCUCCAAAACAAAUAUUUUCUUUUUACUCUGUGGCUGGGGAGUGGUGGUGAUUUACGAUGUGAUUAACUAGUUUAAGCAAGUUGUCCUUGGAGGGACACAUCAAGUUCUUCUUACUUUCAUUUAAUCAAGGAAUUUUUAACACUUAUCCCUUUCAUUUAAGCACUUGAAAGUGACCAAUGGGGUUACAAAAAGCAACUCUUAUUGUGGCACAGCUUGAUCCCCAGGCUGUCCACUUGGAGGAAGCACAGGCAAACCUAGGACAGGCUCCCACAAGCUCCAGUCACCAUGGUUGUUCUCUGCCACUGCCAUAAAGUCAGGAGAGCCUCUAAAAUGA